AUGUUCCAAGAAGACACUGAACAAUGGUUGAUCAAGAAGACCUUGUUUGAUAGCAUUGAUGAGUGGAGGCACUACACCAUCUACUGCAAGUGUGUAUUGACGGAUGAAUGGAUCUCCAAGAAUCCAGGAUGGUCCGAAACCUCCGAAAUCGAAUGGGAAGGCAGCGAAGAGGCAUUGACCGUUUCCGGCAUCAACGAUGUAGUUGACUGGUUGAAUGGAGUAAACGUUGGAUCCAAUGGUGAUGUCAAGGGUUCCUGGGGUCGCGGCGCAAUCAAUGAAGUAGACCUCAUUGAAGUCAUCAUAAGUUGCUCCGGCGGCCUUGGCGAGACCAGCAACAACAGCUUGUGGUCCUCCGAGGAAAGAGGUUCCGGUGUCAGAGAUAACAUCGACGGCCUUGGUGUUAGAGGCUCCUCUGUGCUCAAGCCAGACGGAGAAGAGUGGCUGAUCGAGAAUUCCUUGAUUGAUGGCGUUGAUGAGUGGUGGGACAACUCCGUCGACGGCGAGGGAGGUGAAGGCAAGUCCGAGAAUUCCGUCGGUGGCGUCAUUCUUGAAGUCAGCGGAGAUCUUGCUGGCGAUACCGAAGGUGGUGGAUGGGACGGCCAAUUGAGACUCUCCCUUGGCUCCGAACUGUAA